AUGGAGAUCAGACCGAUAUUGAGGGCAGUGAGAGUGCCCCGAUCGGCCUUUCCGGGAUCCUGUAACAUAUCGUCGCUUCGUCAUGGUCUCAUCUCUUCUCCUUUCCGAGUAGGUCAAUAUCCCAAUGAUACGCUCCAUGCUUAUGGGACGCAGACCACCAUAGUACCCCUAUCCCACCACAUAUUCUUCAUUGCAAAAUCACGCGGGUUCACUUCAUCCCACGUUAUCAGAUCCGAGCCCGACUCCCUCACUCCGUUUCAAGCUCGAAUCGCCGCCUUGGAAACCACAGCUCUCACCAAGAAGGAAGAUGAAGCUUCUCAACUCGCUCUUCUCAAGGAACUGAUUCAAUCUAAUGAGGCUGCCGGUGUGGUCAAAUAUUACGAAGCAAUGGCGCUGGCGGAGGAUGCGACGGGCAGUACAGCACUGCUCAGAAGUCAGGAGGGGUUUCAACUCUAUGCCGAAGCCCUCGGACGACUAGGACGUUUGGGUGAUAUAGCUGGUGUGGUGAGACGUAGAGAUGCUCUAUUGACCGGAUCUACCCUACCCUCUCCUUCUUCCCCGACUACAAGCUCAGUCACACCUCAAACCCUCCCACCUACGUCCUCAACCUCGACAGAGUCUUCUUCAACACCGUCUCCACUCUCACCCCUGCUUGCUUCACUCCGAAAUCCAAACCAACCUUUGACAUCGUCCUCGUCAAACCUAACCUCCCCGACCACAGCGGCUAUCUCGGGACAGCCAGGUACAGCUCUUUCUCCGAUUUACGUCCAAAUGGCACCCCCAACUCCUCAGGCGACUCUCAUGCGAGCGGUCCGUUGGGUGCUGGGUUUAUGUAUCUGGGUUUUCGUUGCGAUGACAAUCAUGGGGAUGCUGCUUGAAAAUACUGGUCUAAUGAAAACGGGUUCCACACCCACUGAGUUUCAGCCCGAGGAAGGUAGAGUGGUCAAAUUCAGUGAUGUCCAUGGUGUGGAGGAGGCAAAGGCGGAGCUUGAAGAGAUUGUCGAAUUCCUUCGUAAUCCUGAAAAGUUUUCAACCCUUGGAGGCAAGCUACCAAAAGGUGUUCUUCUCACUGGUCCUCCUGGAACGGGCAAGACCAUGCUCGCACGCGCUGUUGCUGGAGAAGCUGAUGUUCCUUUUCUUUUCGCCUCUGGUUCCAGCUUUGAUGAGAUGUUCGUAGGUGUUGGAGCCAAGCGGGUCAGGGAACUAUUUGCAGCUGCUCGAAAGAAAGCACCGGCUAUCGUCUUUAUUGACGAACUGGAUGCUAUUGGUAGUAAAAGAAGCGCGAAAGAUCAACACUACAUGAAGCAGACUCUGAAUCAGUUACUGGUCGAAUUGGACGGCUUUGAGAGCUCGGAGGGUGUCAUCAUCAUUGGAGCUACAAACUUUCCCGAGUCUUUAGACAAAGCUUUGACGCGACCGGGGAGAUUUGACAGACACGUUGUUGUUCCAUUGCCAGACGUGAGAGGCAGAAUCGAGAUCUUGAAACACCACAUGUCAGAAGUCCAAUUCGACGUGGAUGUGGACCCAAGCAUCAUCGCCCGGGGUACGCCAGGCAUGUCUGGUGCCGAUUUGCAGAAUCUUGUCAACCAGGCUGCCGUCAAAGCUUCUAAAGAUGGAGCUUCACAUGUACAGCUCAAGCACUUUGAGUGGGCCAAAGAUCGCAUUCUGAUGGGUGCCGAAAGAAGAUCUCAUUUCGUCACCGAAGAGUCCAAACGUGCCACUGCGUAUCAUGAAGGAGGACAUGCGCUGGUAGCUCUGCACACCCCUGGAGCGUUACCCUUGCACAAAGUCACCAUUAUGCCUCGUGGUCAGGCCUUGGGGAUAACUUUCCAGCUACCAGAGCAAGACAAGGAUUCUUAUACCCGGAAAGAAUACUUGGCGAUGAUAGAUGUCGCACUUGGAGGACGAGCAGCGGAGGAGAUGAUAUCUGGGUAUGAUGAUGUUACCAGCGGGUGUUCUAGUGAUUUACAACGGGCAACUGAUGUUGCGGCCAGGAUGGUUCGAAGUUAUGGAUUCAGUGAUAAGAUCGGCUUGGUAGCUCAUGGUGAUGAUGAAGCAUAUUAUCUCUCAGGGAAGAAAAAGGACGAGAUAGAAUCCGAGAUUAGAUCGUUUUUGGAGAAAGGCAUGUCUCGUGCUCAGAAGAUAUUGAAGACAAAUGAAGAUCAGUUACAUAAGCUUGCGGCUGCUUUGGUGGAGUAUGAAACUCUUUCAAACGAUGAAGUCAAACUUGUUUUACAAGGACGUAAGUUAGAUCGAACCACCAAUCAAGGAGAGCGUUUAGUGGGAGAAGCUGAGAAAGAAGCCAAGGGAGAAGUAGUGGAAGGUAUCUAG